AUGGGCGGAAUAGGCAAGACUACUCUAGCACAAGAAUUAUUCAACGAUGAAAUGGUGAAAAAACAAUUUUCAAAUAGAGUGUGGUUACAUGUAUCCAAGGACUACUCUCAGAUUGAGCUACUCAAACAAGUACUGAGAGGUGUAAGAGGAAAUGAUGAUGGUGUUCAAAGUAGAGCAGAAGUUGAAGGCAGAAUUGUUUCUCUUCUUUCAGAAAGUUUGCUUCUUGUGUUGGAUGAUAUAUGGAGCGCAAGUGUAUGGAGAGAUUUGCUCAGAAAUUCCAUUUUGAAUGGUUCGUGUAGAACUGCUAUCUUAUUUACCACUAGACAUGAAGAUGUGGCAACAGAUAUGAGAGCUGAUUUUGUUCACCAUGUUGAGAAAAUGGAUGAAGACAAUGGUUGGGAAUUAAUUAGAAAGAUUGUUUUUGGAAAUGGAGAGGAUCAAAUAAUUUCUGAAUUGAAAGAAGUUGGUAUGCAAAUUGUCAGAAAAUGUGAUGGUCUUCCUCUGGCAAUUAAAGUGAUCGCAGGUGUUUUAUUUCGUAAGGAAAAGACUAAGAGGGAGUGGAAAAAAGUUGUUGAAAGUGAUUUAUGGUUUAUGAAAGAGAACGAAAACGAAGUGUCAAAGACUUUAUACUUGAGCUAUGAGGAUUUACCUGGUCACCUCAAACAGUGUUUUCUUAGUUGUGUUUUUUACCGUGCCAUAACAAAUCAAUCAGACAUAAUCCGACUGUGGGUGGCCGAAGGGUUUGUGAUUGAACGAUCAGAUAUUUUGAUGGAAGAUAUCGCAGAAGACUACUACAAAGAACUCAUUGCAAGCAACUUUUUGCAAAUGGACCAUAUAUUUUUAACAGGUACCAGAUUUGUUAUGCAUGAUAUUUUACGAUCUUUUGGGGAAAAUUUGAUGGUAGAUGAAGGGAUUAUCAUUAAUGAUGGUCAAUGCGCAAAUGCAAAUUCCUUGAGGAAGAUUCGUCAUUUGUCCAUCUCAAACCAAGGCGAUUUGUUAUUGCUUCCCAAAGUGAUAAUAGAGCAAAAGUGUUUAAGAGCCCUACACCUCGUUAAUUGCCCUCAAAUCAAGAAAAUAGAGGAUCAUGCAUUUAAGAGCUUAAAGCGUCUCAGAGUCUUGGAUUUGCGUGAUACGUGCAUAGACAACCUCUCAGAUUCUCUUAUGAAAUUGUUGCAUCUAAAAUACUUGGGUCUUGAUCGAACAAAAAUUAGAAAGCUUCCUGAAUCCAUUGAGCGUCUUGCAAACCUGCAAACUUUGAAUCUGUCAGGAUGUGAAUCACUGCACGAACUGCCAAAAAACAUCACAAGGUUGAGCAAUUUGAGGUGCCUUCGAAUUGAGGAUACUCCGCUCACCCAUGUUCCAAAGGGAGUUGGGAAGUUAAAAAAUCUCAACUAUCUUUCUGGAUUUUUGGUCGGCCAUUGUGACUCCAUGAACAAGAUGGAUGGAGGCUGUGACUUGGACGAGUUGCAAUAUUUGUGCAAUCUAAGAUAUUUACGGAUGGAUAAAUUGGAAAGGGCCACAAGUACGGUAAACAGAAACUUUGUGCUUGCGAAUAAAGCAUUUCUUAGGAGAUUGACUCUUGGAUGGACAAUGAAUGAUAAUGAAACUAAUGAGGAGCAAAUCACUGAGGCAGAGAGGAUAUUCAACCAACUCUGUCCUCCACCGACCCUACAAGGUCUUCGCAUCAUUGACAUGCUCCCUCCCUUGGGCCAACUGCCCAAUCUUAAAAUCCUAGAAAUUGAAGUCGGAGAAGCAAUAAAAAAUAUUGGGCCCGAAUUCUUCGGCUACAGAAAUCCUGCAUUCCCAAAACUUGAGUACCUAGAAUUCAAGAACAUGCCCAAUUGGGAAGCGUGGGUAUUGCGUGAGGCACAUGAUGUUGUGGAUCCUAACGAGGAUGUUCAUGCAAGCAAUCUCAAUUUGUUUCCUAGUCUGAAACAAUGUUUCUUCCGCUACUGUCCAAAGCUGAAAAAUAGCAUCCUUCCCUCAAAUAGGUUAUUGCAAAUUAAUCUAUGUCCAAAGUUGGAAUAUGUGGAGAAGGUUGGCAUGUUGCAGCAAUUGGAAGUUAUUUUCCCCUCUGAAAUAAACCAGCUUCCACAGUGGGUGUCAAGGCUGAUUAAUGCCAUUUUGCAUAGUUUGCAAACAUUUUACAUGGAAUGCAAUUCACUUCUACUAGAUAGUUGCAGCAAGGGGAAGCAAAAUUGGCACAUCAUUCAACAAAUUCCCAAAGUUACUAUUGAUAGCAUUGAUCGUGAAAGACGCUUAUUGCUCAAUAAGGACUCAUACAAAUAUGAAAUAAAGGAUGAGUUUGGAAGUUUCAUCACCCUUGUAAGUCCUCUAUUUUCUUAA